UAGUUACUGAAACCAGCUUCAAAAACCGUUAAUUUCAGCUUUUUCUUCAUUGAUUAAUAUUAAUCGUGACUUUAAUCAGUUACACUUGAAAAAAGUGCUAGAUCUCGAUCUCCGAUGCCGAUGCGGUGGUUGUUGUUAUUGUUCUUGCUAAUGUUGGUGCCAAUGGCCUACGCAAUGCCGGUUCGGCUCACUUUUUCUGCGAGGCUGGUUCAUCGGUUCUCCGAAGAAAUGAAGCCGGUUCGUGUUCCGACCGGUUCGUGGCCGGACCGGCGGAGCAUGCGGUACUACCAGAUGCUUCUAAGCAGCGACUUUCUCAGGCACAAGAUCAACCUCGGAGGCGCUCGCCACCAGCUUCUGUUUCCAUCUCAUGGUAGCAAAACGAUGUCGCUUGGCAACGACUUUGGCUGGUUGCAUUACACGUGGAUUGAUAUAGGGACACCGAAUACUUCAUUUCUUGUGGCGUUGGAUGCAGGGAGCGAUCUCCUUUGGGUUCCGUGUGAUUGCGUACAGUGUGCUCCCUUGUCUGCAAGUUACUAUUCCAAUCUGGUACGAGAUCUCAAUGAGUAUAGUCCAUCUCGUUCGAUAUCCAGUAAGCAUCUAUCUUGUAGCCCUCUGUUAUGUGAUCUGGGUUCGAAUUGUAAAAGUUCCAAGCAGCAAUGUCCAUACAGAGUCAAUUACUUAUCUGAGAAUACAUCAAGUUCUGGAUUGUUAGUUGAGGACAUAUUGCAUCUUCAAUCAGGUGAUGGCGGGGGUGUGUCAAACUCUUCUGUUCAGGCUUCGGUUGUUAUCGGGUGUGGUAUGAAGCAAAGCGGUGGUUAUUUGGAUGGGGUUGCUCCAGAUGGUGUCAUGGGUUUGGGACCUGGGGAGAGUUCAGUUCCAAGUGCUCUUGCUAAAUCAGGAUUAAUCCCUGAUUCUUUUUCCUUGUGCUUUGAUGAAGAUGAUUCUGGUAGAAUAUUUUUUGGGGACCAGGGAUCAAGUAUCCAACAGUCAACUCCAUUCUUGCCUUUGGAUGGAAUAUAUUCAACCUAUAUUAUUGGUGUGGAGGCAUGUUGUAUUGGGAAUUCUUGUCUUAAAAUGACAAGUUUAAAAGCACAGGUUGAUAGCGGAACAUCAUUUACAUUUCUUCCCGGCCAUGCAUAUGGAGCAAUAGCUGAGGAGUUUGAUCGACAAGUAAAUGCUUCAAGAUCUAGCUUUGACGAAUCUCCUUGGGAGUAUUGUUAUGCAUACAGUUCGCGUGAGUUGCCAAAGGUUCCCAGCUUAACACUAAUGUUUCAACAGAAUAACAGUUUUGUGGUCUAUAAUCCCGUGUUUGUAUUCUAUGACAAUCAGGGAAUUAUUGGAUUUUGUUUAGCCAUACAGCCAACCGAAGGAAAUGUGGGAACCAUUGGACAGAACUUCAUGACAGGAUACCGGUUGGUAUUUGAUAGGGAAAACAAGAAGCUAGCAUGGUCACGCUCAAAUUGUCAGGAUCUUAGUCUAGGUAAGAGGAUGCCCCUUUCCCAUCCAAAUGAGACAUCAUCAAACUCAUUGCCUUCAGAUGAGCAACAAAGAACCAACGGGCAUGCGGUUGCUCCAGCUGUUGCUGGAAGAGCUCCCCACAAAUCUUCGGCUACUUCAUCUCGUAUGAUUUCAUGCCGGCAACAGAGGCACUGUUAUUUGUUUCUUCUACUUCUGCUUGUUUCAGCCUUUUACUGAGACCCUCGCAUUCUCAUGUAUUUUAAGUUGCUUGUUUAGAUAGCGUUACAUGUAUAUCCAAAUCCGCCUCCAUUUUGUCCUCCUAGCUUUGUAAGUAUUUUAGAUCUUACACCAUCUAAUGCUGUUAUUUUUUGACCUUGUCAACAUUAGAUUCCUACCACUCGUAAUGGACCAUUUUUUCUUUUA